CACCUGCACGGGCUUGUUUGAGCGGCUCGGGUGCAGCUCUGAGGUCAGAUCAGUGGACGAGUUAGCGAGGACCAGCACCAGAACACCGAGCUUACAGAGAGGAAGUCGAACAAGAGACAGUUUCUUUGUUCUGUCGGCACGAAAAAGCUUCUCAUUGAGUCUGCACAUGUGGUUCAGGUUCCAGUGAGUCUUCGGUUCUUGUGUUUGGUGGCAGCAGCAGCAGCAGCAGCAGAACCAUGGUCCGGUGGUUCCACAGAGACAUCAGCGGUCUGCAGGCCGAGGAGAUCCUCAAGUCCAGAGGAACCAAUGGCAGCUUUCUGGCUCGACCCAGCAAGAAGAACGUCGGAGACUUUUCUCUGUCCGUCAGGGUCGGGGAUCUCGUGACCCAUAUUCGCAUCCAGAACACGGGUGAUUUCUACGACCUGUAUGGCGGGGAGAAGUUCGCCACGCUGUCGGAGCUGGUGGAGUACUACACGGCAGAGAACGGCAUCCUGCAGGACAAAGACGGAACCGUCAUCGAGCUCAAAUACCCGCUGAACUGCUCGGACCCGACCACAGAGAGGUGGUACCACGGACACCUGUCCGGACCCAACGCCGAGAAGCUGCUGGCUGCACGGGACGAACCCGGAACCUUCCUGGUCCGAGAGUCUCUGUCCAAACCGGGAGACUUUGUUCUGUCGGUUCUGACCGACGAGACCAACAAAAGCGGAGGAAAGAGAGUCUCACACAUCAAGAUCAUGUGUCAGAACGACAGGUACACUGUUGGCGGCUCCGAGCUCUUCGAUUCGCUCACAGAUCUGGUCGAAUGCUACAAACGUAAAGGCAUCGAGGAGAUUUCUGGAAACUGGGUUCACCUGAAGCAGCCGUACUACUCGACCAGAGUGAACGCCGCCGACAUCGACAGCAGAGUGAAGCAGCUGGAUCUGACCUCAGACCAGAGCCAGGAAGGAGAGAAGCUCAAAGCUGGAUUCUGGGAGGAGUUCGAUGCUCUUCAGAAACUGGAGGCGAAGGUGAAGAAGAGCAGAGAGGAAGGACAGAGACCGGAGAACAAGAGCAAGAACCGAUACAAGAACAUCCUGCCCUUCAAUGACACCAGAGUUGCCCUGAAGAACGGCGACCCAAACGUUGUGGGUUCAGAUUACAUCAACGCCAACUAUGUCAGAAACACCCUGUGGGACUCUGCGGACCAGAAAGUUUACAUCGCCACGCAGGGUUGCCUAGCAACCACUGUCAGUGACUUCUGGCAGAUGGUGUGGCAGGAGAACACGAGUGUCAUCGUCAUGACGACCAGAGAGGUGGAGAAAGGACGGAACAAGUGUGUUCCAUACUGGCCGGCGCUGCAGGAGUCCAAGGAGAUCGGUUCCUUCAUGGUGAGCUGCACGUCCGAGAGAGAAGCUGCAGAUUAUAAAGUCCGAGUUCUGGAGAUCGCUCUGCUGAACGAGCCCAAACAUUCGCGCACCAUCUGGCACUACCAGUACCUGAGCUGGCCCGACCACGGCGUCCCUCAGGAGCCGGGCGGCGUCCUCAGCUUCCUCAUGCAGGUCAACGGUAAACAGGCCGAAUAUCCAAAGGCCGGACCCAUGAUUAUCCACUGCAGUGCUGGAAUCGGUCGGACAGGGACCAUCGUGGUGAUCGACAUGAUCCUGGAGACCAUCGACACGCUGGGUCUGGACACUGACAUCGACAUCCCAAAGUACAUCCAGAUGGUUCGGGAGCAGCGCUCUGGGAUGGUCCAGACCGAGGCGCAGUACAAGUUCAUCUAUCUGGCUGUAUCCGAGUACAUCCAGACCACCAAGGCCAAAGACAGCGCCUCCAUGGUGAGAACGCACAGACGCACAUCUGCAGCAAACAAACACGACACCAGAUCCUCCUUCACACACAAACACACAAACUGUAGAGACUUCAGCUGGAACACCCCAACGACCCGAUGCUGCGACAAGACCUGA